AUUGAGUUUGACACCUCUGCUCUAACUCAUCAUCACGGCCACAGAAACUUCAGAUAAUCAAAUCUCUUCAGGCUCAGGAAUGAAAAGUUGUUCAAAGAAAUUCUGGAGUGUUAUCUUUAUUUCUAAAUCUGCUGUCUGCUCAGCUCAUUUUCUUGAUUUAACGUAAUUAUUAACUUGUAAUCAUGAUAACCUUAACUUGUUACAGUGAGAUAUCUUGACACAACAAAUUAAAAUUACAGGCUUUCUUUUUCUCAAAAUGAGCACUUAGGCUGUAAUUUCAAGACAACAUUGUUUUGGGGGAGGAGAUAACAGAAACACAUUUAACCAUAUUUGGACAUUGGUAGAAAAGCUUUAGUCGUUAUAUAUAUUAAAAUGUCCAACAUAGAAUCCUAACUAAUAGCUCAACUUAUCAUUGAUUUAUAUCAUUGAUUGUAUUCCUUUAUCACAGAAUAUGGCAGUGGUCAUUAUCUAAUGAUAAGUUACUAUAGAAUUACAUGACUAUAUAUAUAUAUAUAUAUAUAUAAAACGCUGACAGAUACAAGACAAGUUUUCUCAUAAUUUUCAAAGAAGUUUUGCUUUAUUUAUCAAUUCCACAAACAUUCUCUUAUGUCAUCAGCUGUAGGUGAAAGGAAAACAUCUCAGAAUCUCCACUGAGUUCUCUUUAUCUUGGUUGUUUGGUUGUCAUGACAAUCACUUUCCUUUUUUAACAAUAUAUUAUUUUUUACGUCAAAGUUAAGAGCCAAUUUAGAAAGUUUUGGAUUUCACUUAAAAGAUUGAAUCAUUUGAAUAUUUUUGUGGGAAAGCUGGAACCGUCAAAGUUUUGGCCUUUCAUCAUGAAAGUUUGUUGCUAUGUUUUUUUUUUUCUUCUACUUUCACUUUAUGCAAAAUUUGAACCUGUUUACUACAGAUUACAACAGUGACCUUUCAUCUCCAAUGUAACCUUGUUCAAACACAGUGUUAUUUCUGUUCCUCGUUUGCAUGGGAGGGGAGCUUAUUCAUCUCUUGUAGAAUGAUGAGCGACUUGUUAUUUGCAAGACAAAAUAUUUGCAUCAGACGACCGACUCUGUCACAAUUUUUAUUCUGGCCAAAACUGUACUUCAGUUUAUUUCCCCGCUGGUGACCACGGUUCAUGAUCUAACCGAGGAAGGGUAAGAGAUCCAUUCAGCCACAAAACAAAGGACUCACAAGUGAUAUAUGUGGACUGCAGCCUGGAAAGGAUGUGUCAGAACAGCAUGACUCGGCACGGCUUGAGGAUUCUGGUUCUUUUGGUCAUUGUGGGUUUUUGUUCCCAUGCUGAGGGUCAGGGAUCAAGCACAGCCGACCACAAGGCUAUCAAGGACAAGAUUAAAGAUGUUUCCAAUCUGCUGAUUUGCUGUUUUAAAAAGAGCAACACUCUAGUUGUUGUAGAUAAUUUCUAUGGCAUCAUGAAUGCGACAAAACUUUUUCAAGAUGUAAAGAAAGAAGACCUAAAUGCUAGCAUUAUCGAAACCAUCGAGACGAUAAACUCGACAGAUGACGCCAUAAACUGCCAGUCUGCAGGGAAUUCUGACAACAAGAAGGGGGGUCCUUGCAUAAUAUUUGUGCAGAAGAAUAGUACAAAGUCAUCUGAGUUUGACUCUGACAUUAAGCCUUUUAAGGACUGGACUGAAGUGGAUCAGGCUGCCAAUGCUGUCACUCUCAAGGUUUUAAAGAACAAUGCCAAAAAGGAUAUAUUUAUCCACGCUUUUUCUGGAAACUGCUCAGCUGGUGCUUCUUCCUGCUCGUUGAACUCUUUGAACAUAGGCAAAACUUGUAAAUCUGGAACCUUUAAGGAAGACUCCUGUAGAGACACAUCUUUUAACGACAGGUACAAAAUAAACAUGACACAAAAGGAGUGUGUCAACUGUGACAACCCAGUUAAAAAACCUGAGCAGACGUUAAUCGUCAAUGUGUCGCUUCCAGAGGGGACAACGUUCACUCCAUCUGAAGCCACGAAAAUUAUGUCCAAAAUGUCUGACUUGGUCGCCAACAUGAACGGAACUUCAGCUUCUCUGUCUGUUGGAGAAGGAGUGAAGGGAGUGAUAGUGAAACAGGCGGAUCCAGAGGAAAUGAACGAAAUAUCUCUUGCUUAUGACACUCCAAAGCAAGAUAUGAAUAUCAUCGAUGACAGAGCGAAGCUGACGGGCUUCUCGAGGUUUGUCACCGUGUCAAAGGAAGCCUUUAACAGAGCUAAAGGAACGAACAACACGUCACCCUUUGCUGCUGUGCUGAAAUUCCUAAAUAUGAGUCAGGAUGAAAACAUCACCAUUUUGGGGAACGAGAUUUUAGCGGUGGACAUGGGAGUUCCUAUCCAGAAUCUUACAGACACAAUAAACAUCACUCUAAACAAGUUCAAAUUUGAAGGGACUCCGGUUUGUAAUUCGUGGGACGGAGAAGGAGACAUGAACUGGACCACGGAUGGAUGUGACACCAUCGUCGACGGCAACAACAUCACUUGUCAGUGUACACAUUUGACUUUCUUCGCAAUUCUAAUGACGCCUCUGAAUGAAACCAUGUCCACCCUCUCCACCUACGACCUGAACACCCUCACCACCCUCACUCGAGUCGGUUGUGGCUUGUCCAUGUUCUUUCUUUGCGUCGUCCUCUUUAUGCACUUCCUAAUCAGGAAGACCAAACCCAACAUAAGCACCAAGCUGUUCAUCCAUCUGGUGACGGCGCUGCUGCUGCUGAACUUCACCUUCCUGAUUAAUGACUUGGUGGCCAACAUGAACAGCCCCUCGGGCUGUGAGGCCAUCGCGUUCCUCAUGCACUACUUCAUGCUGGUCACCUUCACCUGGUUCGGCAUGCACGCCUUCCACCUCUGCCUGCAGAUGUACGUCGGCAGCAGUAUCACCAUCAAACGCUAUGUGCUUAAAGUCUCUGUGAGCUCUUGGACAAUACCAAGUAUUUUUGUGAUUGCGUUUCUCAUUGCCAAAAAGUAUGGUGAACUAAGGAUCUACACCAAUGACUCUGAGAAGAUCUCCAAAAUGUGCUGGAUCAUCGACAACAAGGCCCACAUGAUUGUCAACGUUGGCUACUACAUUGUGGUUUUCAUCCUCACCUUCUCUACAGUCAUCAUCUCCAUGUACUGGCUUUGCCGUUUCAAGCAAAGCAAAACCGAUAAUCUGGACAAGAAUGAGACCAGCAAACGGAUUCUCUUCACUCUGGGGCUGUGCAGCCAGCUGGGCGUCACAUGGGGAUUCGCCUUCUUCGCGUACGGCGCUUUCCGCAUCCCGGCCUACUACAUUUUUACAGUCCUCAAUUCCUUACAAGGUUUCUUUCUGUUCAUCUACUACUACAACUCAGGCCACGUGGGAAACGAAAAACUGCAAGACAAAAACAAGAAGACCACAUCAAACUCCACCAACGUCUCCACUCUGAAAUCCAGCUCCGAGUCCGACAACCCCUACUACAGUAACCAAAUGUUCAAAAACAGGCCGAAUUAAAAAAAGAAACUAACUUAAUCUGAAACAUG